UCAGUUGGCAGCUCUAUUGGCACUGUCAGCUCUGACAACUGUCAAGCGCGGCCAACUUCACGUCUUUUUUCUCUCUUUUUGACGUGCUCUUAGCAUAUAAGCGCUCCAAAAUGACCAUUCGCCCAGCAUACCGGCCCAAGAUCGUUAAGAAGCGCACCAAGCACUUCAUCCGUCACCAGUCGGAUCGAUAUGCCAAGUUGUCGCACAAAUGGCGCAAGCCCAAGGGUAUCGACAACAGAGUACGUCGUCGCUUCAAGGGCCAAUAUCUGAUGCCCAACAUUGGUUACGGUUCCAACAAGCGCACCCGCCACAUGCUGCCCACUGGCUUCAAGAAAUUCCUCGUACACAAUGUGCGCGAAUUGGAGGUGCUGCUGAUGCAGAAUCGCGUCUACUGCGGUGAGAUCGCCCAUGGUGUCUCCUCAAAGAAACGCAAGGAAAUCGUUGAGCGCGCCAAGCAAUUGUCGGUGCGUCUAACAAACCCCAACGGUCGCCUGCGCUCCCAGGAGAACGAAUAAGCUUAAGAUUGGAGUUCACUUAUGCGAGUUUUUUAUAAACAUAGUCGGAAUACAACUAUUUGAAACGUUACAAGUGAA